CCUCCUAAUCAUACGAAACAAGAGGAGAGGAGAGGAGACCACGUCCUCCGCGGAGUGCUUGGUCGCCCGCCACCAACUCCAACAAGACAGCGGUCGACCUCGCCAGAACCCGCAGCCAUGGCGAUGCCCCACACCCACCCAAUUCCAGCUUCUGCUGUGGUUACCUACUACUAGCUAAGCCCUCUGCGCACUCGCCCGGCGUUAGUUGUUGCGUACGUACGUGUUCACGGCUGCACUCGCCCGGCGGCCACGCUACGUAUACGUACGAGUACGACCGACCGACCGACGACGCACGAGUGACACGAUGAUGGUGAUGGGCUACUUCCGCUCGUCGACGACCAAGUCCGCGACGGCGGCGGCCAAGCAGAAGGCGAGGACGACGCGCGAGGAGCUGGGCCUCCGGGAGGCGCUGCUGGACCAGCCGGCGGCGGCGGAGGAGGAGGGCGGCGUGCCCAAGGGCUACUUCGCGGUGUACGCCGGGGAGGAGUCGCGGCGCCGGUUCGUCGUGCCCACCGGGUACCUCCGGGAGCCGGCGUUCCGGGACCUCAUGGAGCGCGCCGCCGACGAGUUCGGCUUCGCGCAGGCGGGCGGCCUGCGCGUGCCGUGCGCCGAGGAGGACCUGGAGGACCUCCUGCGCCGCCUCCAGCGCAAGAACGCCGCCGGGAAGGGGAAGAAGAAAGCCACCGUCUGCCGGUAGAUGCCGCAAGCUAGCUAGGUUCCUUCUUAAUUGUCUGUAACGAUCUGCUUGUUGGCGUGGUGCGUACGCGUAGAUCAGAUCAGAUCGGUUCGGUUCAGUCCUGGACUCGAGGAUCGAUCGAUCGAUCGAUGAAGUUCUUCUUGUACAGAAUGCAAGCAAGCAAGCAAGCAGCCACAUGCAUGCAUGCAUGCAUGGGUCGUAGUAGCGUAGCUGAAUGCAUGGCGUGUUGUUGGUCCCGUCCCGUGAACUGUGGAGAAAGAGUAUACUAGUACACCGAGAACUCCUGGGGGAAUUCAGCUUUUUGUUUGUUUUUUCGUCUAAAACUCGUGAGAUUCGAUCUGGUUCAAACUCCAUCCUUCCAAAUAGGCCGUAAGACGAUAGAGCUCUAUUGCUUCAGUUCAUGUUGUGUUCUGUUCAGGCUUUCAGAGGAUCAAAAUGAAUCCAUGUCUUGUCAUGCUGUCCUUACAGGAACCGAGAAAAAAGGAAGCCCUUUUUCGGAUUUGGAUUUGUACUAUUUUUUUAUAUUAUGUUAUCACGAGCUCGAUUUGUUA